ACCAAGUGCAUUCAGUUGUCAACACAAGCAACACACGAAAACAACGAGAAAAAACAUCAAUACAGAACGGGUGCAAAAACGUAAAUGUACAAUUUGCAAAGUUUUGGUGUGGUAAUUGCCGUACUUAACUAUUCAUUUCGUGCGCGGUUUGUGCCCACGUACGGUCCAAAGCAUGUGCUCACAAUAAUCGGUGCGAUUGCUACGUGAACAAAGCACGCCGAGCCCAACCGUCGUACGCAAGUUGAUGUUUCUCUGCCGAAAGUUGACCGAAAUCGAUAAAAUGUUUGGAAAACUGUCGGAAGUUUUGCAAACCGCAGCCGACGUGCUCGCACCACCCCCCACAGCCCUGCAGGACUUUGACUAUCACUACCGGCUGGUGAAGAACUUUUACGUCGCCGAUAAAACCGUACCAAAGAUACACAUCAACGAUACCAACAUUCCAUCGCACCUGGACCAGAUGCUGCAGAUACUGAUACGCGAAGAGCAGCAGCGGCUGGAGGUUCCCACGAAAGCGGACACCGCCACCGACGCUUCAUCGAGCAGCGGCGUGGAAAGCGUGUCAGCGAAACCAAGCCAACCAAGCCAAUCACCACCACCACCACCAAAGGCCGAAUGUAUGGACUUCGUGCUAAGCGCACGGCCGCUGGAUGUGUUGAUCGAGUUCGCGGUAAACGAUACGCCACCCGGUGCGCGCUACAUCGUGCUGAACUGGGUGCGACGCUUCCUGUCCUGCCUCAAGUGUCCACCGCUCGGGCAUGCCAGCAUAUUCCAGCCCGUCCAGCGGCUGGUGGACAUUUGCAGCGGCACGUACGCCUCGCCGUACGAGCGCGAGGAAAUACUGUUCCUCGAAACGGUGGCCGGGCUCGUGCGCAAGGACUCGGUACUGGUCAACCUGUUCCUCAAGUCUCACCACCAUUCCGCACAGAUGCUGGCCAACUGGAAGGGGCUGGGCGUGAACAAGGCACCGGUAAACAAUCCGCUGUUUGUGAGCACAAAAAUUGAGUACGACUCGCGGCGCAUCUCGCUGGUGGCGGAGGAGGCGAGCGAAGGGCCGUCGGCGGGAAGGGAGGAAAGCGCCCAGCAUCUGCCACCGGUCGAUGGUGGAAACGGUGGAGAAGAAUCCGAAAGCUGUGAUUGUGAUGACGAGGAUCACUUUAGUCUGUUCGAUGCGAUAGUUAGCUAUCUGGAUAGUGCGGAUAGCACCAUAGUGGUGCGAGCGUGCGAAGGCGUGCUAAUACUGGCCUCGCUGCCAACACUGCAGCCCUCGUGCAAGGCGAUCCGGAACACGAUCAGCCGGUUCGCAACGAUGAUGGCCGGCCGGCUUGCGUCGAACUGUCAGCAAAUUCCGGAAGAUAUGGACACCGGUGAUAUCGAAGAUGCCAACGUAACCUGGGGGCUGUUCCCGCGGGAUCCCGAGCAGCCGCACUACAUCGGCCGCUACCAGCUGACGGCCUUUCUCUGCUGGCUGGACUAUUGUGAUUGCUUGCUGAAGGAGAGCGCACUGCUGGUGCCUGAGCUGGGACCGCGCGUACGCGACGAAAUGCUGAUCAGCUACAUCGAACCGGCGCUGGUCGGCUGCUAUGCGCCCUUUAUGCUGGUGCUGACGGCCAAAAUUAUCAAAAAGACACAAUCGAAAGCACUGCUGGAUGAAAUUGCAAACUGGCUCAUCGGUGAGGAUGAACUGAUGGACAUUAACAACUGUCUGCUUACGAUUUUAAUAGAGAAUGCGCACGAAAAUACGGACAUUCUCCUGCCGACACUGCAGUUCGUAGAGUCGCUGCUGGACAAUCCACACGAAAAGAUUCUGCACGGCAUGCUGUUCUUCUACAUCAACACCAGAGGCUACUACGAUGGCACAGCGCACACCAUCCAGUCGUGGUCGGACGAGGAGGAUAAUCGCGAGCGACGGCGUGGCAGCGCGGACGAUCCGAUCAAGUCCCGCACCCUUGCCCCAAGCAAUAUUUUGCGCGUCAUCAAUCACUUCCUGUUGCUGCUGCCAAGACAGAUCGUCAGCGAUGCGGGCGGCAUCUGCUACGAGGAGUACAUGCAGGACGCCAAUCGCCACUACCAGACGUGGAUAAAGAAAACGCACGGGUUCAGCUGGCCGGUCGAGGCAAUCUGGCCGGACAGUGGCGAUUCGUCGCCGCUUGCCGGGACGAGCGUCGAACCGCCACUGUCCACUAGCGGCGCCGUCGGGCUAAUGACGGUCGUUCCGCUGGCCCCGAUGAAGCAGCCGAAAAAGCAACGAAACCCCAAGUACACCACCGACGGCAGCCAGACGAACGCCAUCGAUCUGCAGACCUGCGGCGACAGUGGCAUCUCAGAGGAGAGCUUCUACGAGGGCCCGCUGCUGAAGCUCCUCUUCUCGCACGUCAAACAGAUGAACACCCAGCCGUACGAGCUGAACCUGGCCGUCAUUGCGAUCCUGUCCAAGCUGGCGCUCUUCCCGCACCCGUAUUUGCACGAGAUACUGCUCAACCCGGAGAUACCGGUCGCGGCCGGCGCUACCACCCUCUGGUCGGUGAUGCAGUUUCUUGCCCGCCAGCUGCUGUCGGAGAUACCGCGCGUGGACGGGUUUCAGGAGAAGAUCAAGGAUACGGGCCGCCGGCUGCUGUCCAAUCCGCCCCUCUACCACAAAGACUGCGGGGAGGCGGGUGAUGCGGGAUGCGUCGGUGAGUCAGCGGCAGCGGGGACGGCGGUCGAGGAAGAGGAGGACGAAAUCAACGACCCACUGUUCGAGUCGAUCGUGGUGCUGGAGGAGUUCUGCAAGGAGCUGGCAGCGAUCGCGUUCGUCAAGUAUCACCAUGCGAAGGAGUAGUAGGACGGGCGGUCGGUGUCGUUGUGGAUUGGUUCGGUAGCACCCGAGUGCUUGAUUCCUUCCUCCCCGGGGUCCCUUCUUCUUGGACGACGCACAUUUUAUCUUAAGUAGCGCAAAUACCGUUCGUAGCCGAUUCCCGAUUGGCUUCUCUCCAGUGCCCGUUGGUUAUAGGUUUUCGCAGUAAUUUAAUUGUAUUUUACACUCUAGUCUUUGCCAAACCAGCGAGAAAAAGCAAAAAAAAAAAAACAGCAAGGCGCAGUGCAAACCAAUUUGGGUAAAUCGCUCGAUAAGAUGAAA